AUGUCGGCGGUCAGCCUCCAAGAACACGGUCGAAGGAGAUCGGUCUUCAAGGAAACCGGCCUUAUGAACGAUGACCCGCUUGUACGGUCUGUAACACCCCAGCCGGUUCAACGACCCCUUCACAACAUCCGCUUCGAGAGUACAUCGGACAUCUCAGUAUCGUCGGACGAUUGGGAUGAAUUGGAGGGAGGAGAUGCGGUCGAAAGCGACGACGAACCGUUCUCAACAUUCAACUCAACCAACAUGACCUCAGCUAAAGUUCACCCCUUGGCUUCCCGAUCGCUUAAACUCUUGACGUACCACCGCCUCGGGAUACUUGCAGCCAUACUGCUCAUCGCAGUACCCAUUCUUCACAACACGCCGAUACUUGGCAAAUCCGAACACACGAUGCUUGGAGCAAGAGGAGGCGUGAUACCGCGAGAGGCCACUACACCAGCUGAUUUAGGUGACCAUGCGCUACUGAAGAGGCAGGACACGCAAACUAGUAUAUGCAAGAGGUGGAGCCACCAAAGCGCAGUCGUCAACGGUACUUUGUGGGUAUAUGGCGGUCGCAGAAUGGACGAUGCCAGCCAGACGAGCAACCAUUGGAACAACGACUUCCUGACUUACGAUUUGACCAACUCCUGGCAGAUCUCGUCGCCUGCCGUAACCGGCCUCCCGCGUCCCUCCGGUCUGCCCGCUGUGUCAAACGGUUACUUGUGGCACUCCCGCACGUCUCUCUUCAUGUAUGGAGGAGAGUUCUCGGAUAAUCCGAUUAACCCACCGACCUCUAACUCGCUUUGGGAGUACAACAUUCUGGCCAGCGAAUGGAUCGAACAUCGCAACCCGCAAACCUCUGCCGGCGAAAACGCGGUGGCCGCUGGCCAGGCAGUUCAACGCUCAGCAGAGGGAGCAGGCGCAGGUGUCGCCGCUUUGGGAAGGGGAUGGUAUUUUGGAGGCCAUCUCGACACCCACACGACCGAGGGCUGGUCGAUCCAAGUUGCUCGGAUAUAUCUGAAGUCCCUUCUUGAGUUCACCCUUCCUGGCUUCUCGAACAGCAAUGUCGAAACCCUCUCCGGCGGGCAGACUGCGGGCGAAGGCGGCGUGUGGCGCAACAUCACCGAAGGUGGUUUGCAGGAUGAGGCUGGUUUCACCGAGCGUGCUGACGGAAUUCUUGUCUACGUCCCUGGUUUCGGCGAGGAAGGUAUUCUACUUGGACUUGCAGGUGGUGAUACUAGAACUUUUACGCAAAUGAACGUUAUCGAUGUAUACGACAUUGCAACCUCAACCUGGUACAAGCAAGCCACCGACGGCCCAAGACCCAAAGAACGGGUGAACCCGUGCGCAGUCGUCGCAGCCGCCGCCGACGGUACUAGCUACAACGUCUACAUGUGGGCCGGCCAGAACCUCCAGCCAGCCGGCGAGCAGAUCCAAUACGACGACAUGUGGAUCCUGACGCUGCCCGCCUUCACCUGGAUCCAGGUUGAUCAAACCAACCAACCCGUCCCUUACGGCCGGUCCGGCCACACGUGCCACAUCUGGGACGGGCAGAUGGUUGUUGUAGGCGGCUACGUGGGGCAAGACCUCAGCUGUGACAGCCCCGGCGUCUACGUGUUCAAUCUCUCCAGCCUCGAAUGGGUGAACCAUCCAGAGAACCUCGCGUCUAACAACCCCUUUAGCCAGCAACUCUCCCAGCGCGGUUCAGACAUCGGCUCCGGCCUUGAAGGCUCCUACGGCUACGCCGUCCCAGAGGCCGUCAUCUCCGUCAUCGGCGGCUCGCCCACCGGCGGUGCCACCGUUACCGUCCCAAUGCAGUCCGCGACCGCGGGCCCCAUGGCCACCGGUCGCGCCAUCACCUACACAGUCACCGCCUCGGACGGCUCUACCAUCACCGCGACCGCGGUCCCUAACCCCGAUGGCAGCUAUGGUAACCAGGGCAGCAGCGGCCCCAACAUCGGCGCUAUUGUCGCCGGCGUCGUGGCUGGCCUCUUCUUCCUCAUAGCCUGCUACUUCGCCUUCUGCGCCUGGGUUUACCGCAAACAGCUCAUUCUGUACAAGAACCACGUCGCCAUGGCCCAGCGCAACGCAGCCGACCCGUCCCGCGCGGAGAAAGACGCCUUCCUCGUCCCGGAGUCCAGCGCCAAGACGAGCAGUGAUCGCCGCGGGCCAGAUGGCGUCAAGAUCUCAAGCGAGAGCGCGUCGGCGGUUACCGCGAGCGCAGGGGCCGGAAGCGCAAGAGGGAAUGGGCGGCCCGCCGGGUCUACUGCGGCGGGCGUGGAUGGGAUCUAUCCGACGCCGACGAGGGAUGCGCUCGGCAGGAGUAGUUCCGCGGGGAGCAGCACGGACGAUCUGCUUGCGGGCCAGGAACCGACAUUCUGGGGUACCAAGGGCGUGUUGUUGAACCCGAGGAGGAGUUUGAGGGUUAUUAAUCGCGACUAA